CUUAUAUUUUGUUGUCCAAAAAAUAUCAAGUCCUUGCUAUUUUUCUUCUUCCGAAAUGGCUGCACACACACUCUCCGUCCGGCCUGACCGUCUAACUCCCGGCUCCCCUAUUCCCAGACCGCCGGUGCGCCUCCCUAACCAAACCCACCCUUCUUUAAAACCCGCUAAAACCGAGCCCUGGAGAGCCGCCGCAAUCCUCCAUACGCGACGACCAUUAGCCGCUCGUGCCGGUUCACGAGCUGAUGACUCCGCUCCGUUCGAGAUGUCUGUUGAGAACGCGCUCAACCUCCUUGGAGUCUCCGAAAGUGCUUCUUUUGAUGAUAUUCUUCGCGCCAAGAAUUCGAUUGUUGCCUCUAUUAAGGAUAACCAAGAAGCCAUCGCUCAGGUUGAGGCUGCAUAUGACAUGUUGCUUAUGAGGAGCUUAACACAACGACGAGCUGGAAAAGUUGUAGACAGAAGCAUUAGAUUUGCGGAUGUUAAACCUGUUAAUCCUCUUGGAGUGAGAUCAAUGCCUCAGUGGGUGCAAACGACUACGAAGAGUUUACCUGUUUCAGUUGAAACACCAUCUACAGGUGAUUUGGGCUUACAAGCUGGAGUAUAUGGAGCUCUUAUGGUCCUGACUUAUGUGAAUGAAACUUCUACAUCCUCUGCAAUUCCUUAUGCUGGACCUGAUGUUGUUGGGCUUAUCUUAGCAAGUAGCUUCGGAGCUUCCUUGUAUUUCAUGACCAGAAGGAACUUGAAGUUAGGUAAGGCUACAUUAAUAACUAUAGGGGGGCUUGUUGCUGGUGCAGUGGUGGGAUCAGCCGUUGAAAACUGGUUGCAGGUAGACAUAGUCCCAUUUCUUGGAAUACACUCUCCAGCUACUGUAGUUGGUGAAAUUAUACUCUUCUCUCAAUUCUUGGUUUCUCUCUAUCUACGGUAGGAAUAAGUUGGAUGUUUUUGUUAUUUAAAUUGUAAAACCUGUAACUAUUCAUUUUCAUGAUCAUAAUCAAGUCUGCUAGGAUGUGUAUCAUUAGAUGUUGUACAAAAUUACAGUUAGAAGAUAAUGAAACUCCAAUCCUUCUGAAAA